AUGUGGCUCUCUUGCUUAGCUUCCGCGUUUCGGACUGCAUUAGCUUGCACAAUAGUGGGCUGCGCCUCCCUCUACGGCCCCGCUUCACUCCGCCGCCAGAUAGAGUUCCCUGCUUUUUCGUACGCCACUGUGAUCAUCAUUAUCAACGGUGCGACGCUGGGAGACACCGUGCGGGCCUGCUGGCAGGCGGCUUACGCAACGGUGCUGGGUGUUUGCCCGGCGAUAUUGAGCCUGUGGGUGAUAGGACCGACGAGAUUGUCGAUCGGGAACAUGGCGGCAGCGGUGGCGCUGAGUGCAUUUGUGGUGGGGCUGCCGGAGUGGAGUGGGUUGGUGGUGGAGAGGAUAGCGCUGGGUCAGAUUGUGAUAGUGUACCUUCUGGCGCUGCUGAAAGGCGGGGAAACUGAUGCCGUCAUGCAUCCUGUACACGUGGCAGCCAGCACUGCCGUUGGGGUGCUGGCUUGUGUGCUUGCUCUCUUGUUUCCGUACCCACGGCUGGCUUCUUACGAGGUGAAACAGAAGUGCAAGCUAUUUGCUGAAAACGCUUCAGAGAGGCUGAAGCUCUUUGUGAAGGCAUUCUGUGCAGAAGACCACGCAUCAGCACUUUCAUCUAUUGCUCAAGCUAAGCGCUUUGCUGUUGCAGGAGCCAAACUUCAUCAUAGUGUCAAACGCAGACAAGGAAGCAUGCAGUGGGAGAGACUUCCUUUGAAAAUGUUCAAACCAUGUUACAAGAACCCAGGAGAGAGACUGCAAUGUAUACAGAUGCCAUUAAGAGGGAUGGAAAUUGCUUUAACCAGUUCUCCCUCAUUUCCGGUGAGAAUAAUGGAUGGAGAGUUGAAACAAGGUCUAGUUCAACUGGAGGAGCACCUGAGCCUCACCCUAAAACAACUGGAACUUAAGUGCUCUUCCCCCAGUGAUUCAUCAACUGUUCCAGAAUCAACCGCAGAGAAUGUGGUGAAGUCCCUCCAGAACUUUCAAACCAUCCCACCAACCCACAAAGAGUUGCCCUAUUUUUUCUUCUUAUUUUGCAUGAAACUCCUCCACAGUGAAUCAAUGGCCAAACCCUUUAAUUCUUGUCUUCAACCCAACUCUGUUGGUAAAAAUGAAGGGGUGGAUGAUUCAGGUAAACAAAAAGGGUCCUUCCUCGAAGGGGUUUCCAGCAGUUGGAGCAUGAAAGUAGACCGCAGUAGGCUCAUGCCAGCAUUGAAAUGCUCACUUUCCUUGGGGCUCGCUGUUCUAUUCGGGAUGAUUUAUAGCAAGGAAAACGGGUUUUGGGCGGGACUCCCAGUAGCCAUCACCUUUUCAUCUGCAAGAGAAGCAACGUUUAAAGUUGCUAAUCUCAAAGUCCAAGGGACAGUGUUAGGAACCGUGUAUGGAGUAUUGGGUUGCUUCGUUUUCGAAAGGUUUGUGAAACUGUGGUUCAUAUCGCUUUUUCCUUGGUUCAUUUUCACAAGUUUUUUACAGCGUAGCCAAAUUUACGGCCAGGCCGGUGGGCUUUCCGCUGUCAUUUCUGCAGUACUAAUAUUGGGAAGGAAAAAUUUCGGUUCCCCAAGUGAAUUUGCUAUUGCAAGAAUCGUUGAAACCUUCAUUGGAUUAUCUUGUUCAGUCCUUGUAGAUAUCGCUUUGCAACCCACCAGAGCUUCCACUCUAGCAAAAGUUCAACUCUCUAAAUGUCUAGAAGCCUUGCACGAUUGUAUUUGCUCAAUAUCUCUUUGUGCCAGCAAAUCCAAUUUAGAAGAGAAUCACAAAGUGCUGAAAUCCCAUUUAAAUGAGCUUGGGAAAUUCAUUGGAGAAGCUGAGGUGGAACCCAACUUCUUGUUUUUGCCUCUCCAUAGUGCUGCCUAUAGUAGACUCUUGGUGUCUUUGUCAAAGAUGGCCGAUCUUCUGGUUCACGUGGCACAUGCACUGAGAUUCCUGGAACAAGAAACCUCAAAACCUGAGGCUUCAUGGAAGGAUGCUGUAGAUAAGGUUGAUGGAGACCUUAAGCCUUUUAAGGAAAUGCUUGCCUCCCUAAUUAAAUCGUUUGAGGAGGUCGCCAGCAUCAAAUCACUACCAGCACUAGAAAAGGAGCUUGAAGAGAAGAACAUCAGCUAUGAUCUUGAGAUGGGAAAAUCACCAACUACAAAUUUGUCUAGACUUGCUGGUUCAGGCAAUCGUGAAGAUGAAAUGGAGAAGAUGAUAAGCUGUUAUCUUCAAAAUUCUAAGGAAAUUGUGGAAGGUGUGGAAGGUGAGGAAGUGAGGAGCCUAAUGGUAUUGAGCUUAAGCGGCUUGGGGUUUUGCAUGAGCGGCUUGAUGAGAGAGACAAGAGAGAUCGAACAGGGAAUAAAGGAUAUUGUACAGUGGGAGAAUCAUUCAAGCCACGUAAAUCUGUAUGAAAUCUCAUGUAAGGCGCAUGCUUUAUACAAUUGA